AUGUUAGCCAAUACCACCCUUCUCCCUCCAAAACCCUUACUUGGGUCCAGAAUAUCCCACCCAGGUUACAACAAUCAGCAGGAAAUGUUGCCUAGACGGUGUUCCAGCGGCCCCAAACGUAAGACCAUCACAGUGUCUGCCGCCACUGCAACCGAAAGUGGGGACGGUUCAGUGAGGACAAUGAAGCCAUCGUCGCCAUUAUUCUCCUUCUCAUUGAGCAGUACUGGACGUGGCACCAGUACAUUUUACCAAUUACUCCGUGUAAAGGAAACCGCCUCCCAAACGGAGAUCAAAGCCGCAUACCGUAAUUUAGCAAAGCAGUACCACCCAGACGCAGCCAGUUCCUCCUCCAAUCCCAAUGCUCGGGAUUUCAUAGAGAUUCACAAUGCCUAUGCAACACUAUCUGAUCCUGUGGCCAGGGCUCGCUACGAUUUGUCGAUUGGGGCCAGCACUGCUUCUGCACGUCCAUAUGGGUACACGGCAGGAUUCUACCGUCCCACCAGGAGGUGGGAAACUGAUCAGUGCUGGUAGAAGUGCAACUGCGUUUGGCUUUCUCGAUCUUGUAGUUAGCCUAUGAAAAAACUGCAAAAGAACAAUGUGGUUUUCUCGUUUUC